GUUAUCGACUCAUCGAGUCUUGAUAGCAGAAAGUUCUCUAGUCUUGAAUGAUCUCGCCUUAACAGACACAGUAUGUUUCCUAACCACUUCCUGAACACACAUAUGGCAAUUAACUGAGCAAUUUGACAACGCAACAAGCCAAAUAAUCACGAAGAGUGCCAUUAAAACACUUGCAUCGGUCGGACUGACAGCAGUCCAGCAGCAGGACAUGGCCGGUGAAGCUGUGGUCACUGUUCGUCUCGUGAGGUCCUUCGAGCACAGAAACUUCAAACCAGUGGUGUUUCACGGAGUCAGCUUAGACCACACGGUGCAGGACUUCAUGCAGCUCGUGAGAGACGACAUCGCAACAAGGCCAGGGCUUCCUCCUCCUUUCAAGAAAUACGCUUAUGACACAAUGAAGAUUAUCCACCAAGCACAUGGAGCAAAGACUAAUGAGUUGGUGAUGAGUUUAGAGGAUGAUGAGAAGCUCGUCCUGCCAGCUGGCCUCACCCUCAGAGCUGCUGGCGUUGCACAUGAAACAGAAAUGGCCUUCUUCAGGAAAGAAGACUACGGUCUCUACAAAGCAAAUCCCCAAACUGCUUGGUGACCACAGUAUUUUACUUACUUUACUUUAAUAACUAUAGCAGACGGGGGUCUUAUGGGACAGAGGUAAAAAGCCAAGCAUGCCAAAAACAAUAGGAAAACAACAUGUUUUAAUUUGUGGGGUUGUUUUUAAAACUGAAGCUUAUUAUCGUUUGCCUUUUUGUUUCUCUUUUCUACUUUUUCUUCUAGUUGUGACCUACAUAUUAAGUUUCAAUGUUCUUUUAAAAUGUGCUGAAUAAAGUUCUGUGACAGAUGA